UUUCGUUUCCUCGUCAUUUUCUGCUCUACUUGGCUACGGUCUCCAUGCGUGGGGGAAAACGGAAAAAUAGAACGCGAUAUCUCAACGGGCGAAUCGAUUUAAUCGGCGGAAUGAAUCACGCCUAUUGGAUGGUUCUUGUGAACGCGUGAUCUAUGGCCGUGUCGCGCGAUAGAACGACGACGACGAGAAGGCGGUCUGGUUUUCUACGCGGACUAAUCAAUGCGAAUAGAAAUCCGCGCGCGAUAUGGCGUCGUGACGGAUGACGAGAGUGCGAGCGCCUCGCGACGGUAUAACGCGAAUCAACUCGACCCGGACGCGCAAAUGACGAGGUUAAUCCCUCACGGAGGAGCGCCUGAAACGGCGAUAAAGUGAACAGCUGCGAAAGAAAGUAUGGACCGCGCGGUACGUCUCCAGAAUUAUCAAUGAAUGCCCGGACAAUAUGUUUUGCGUGUCGUCGUGUUACGAGCAUAAAUCUCAGUCUGUGUCUCGGAUGCAGCAGAAAAAAUGUGCAGUUGCAGCACAAAAUGUCGUGACGUUUGAGUUCUUAGCUACUUGAAAGCGCUAUACCGGUGUGUACCGGCAAAGAAAAGAAAAAAAUGGACAAAGUUAUACCGAUGAGUUGGUUGAACCAAGUACUGCUAGUUUUUAGUACAGUGGCCGCUGUGUUGUCUUUAGUCGUACAAGUAUGGGCGGAUCUCACAUCUGUACCGAUAUAUGUUUCCAUCUCUUGGGCUGUGUUCAUCAUAAUAGUAUCCAUAUGGCUGAGUUGUUGCUUGUUACGUCUCACACUGAAAGCCAACAGUCCACUUGUUUUCGAGUUCGCGAGCAAAUGGAUCUACGAGAGAUUGGUGAGUCGUUUGAAGCUGGACGCUCCCGUAGACGAGGACAAGAAGGUCGGCUGCGAGGGUGAAAAGCGAGAAGGCUCUAAGCCGGAUAAUGACGCAAUUUCGAAAGAUUCUCACAAAAACAUCGAAGCCCCGAGAAGGAAGAAGCCGAGCGUAACGGACGUGGCCGAGGAAAUUAACGCGAAGUACGUCGAGAUUUGGUACAGGAACAUAAGCAACGACAAGUCGUUUUCCGACGAGGCGCUGGAUAUGCUGAGCAAAUUCUUGACCAGACUCGCUUGGAAAGUCAGUCUGAUGGAUAAAGUAAAACUCACCAAUAAGCUGGCCAACGUAUUGUUGUUACACCUAAAGGAAUAUCGUAGAGCGUUGCGCCGAGUCGAGAAAGGUGCUGCGACGAGCGUGGAGGAAGCGUACAAAUAUUCACAUCCCGGUUCCCGCAGCGCGCCGGCGUUGGAGCACAUGCUGCAUCGUUUGGUCACCGUUCUGGCCCAGGAGUUCUUGCAGUGGGAGUUGACCAGCUCGUUACCGUGCAAGCUUCUCUUGUCUGUUUUAGCGAGGAGGCUCCUGACAGCCAUAGAGGUGAUCAGCUGCCCGAACUGGCUUAUUGAGCAUUUGCUGAGGCUGCUGGAGGUCCCGCCGAGGGAGGAGGGAGGGGUCGUUACUCCGGCCAAACAAAACGUCAAUGGUGUCAUAACUGCCGCUCUGAGUGACGGUAUCGCAUCCGCUACAGCAGCCGUGAUCCCGCAACAAUUACCGACGUCUUUGCCCAGUCCAUCCGCGAGCGCUACGGCGAGCGGAGAGAAAAGUGCGGCUUCGCCCGUGGUAGCUCUGGAAAGGCCUAAUCUGUGUCUGGAAGGCCUCACCAGCGGCCACAGAGGCCUCUGGGGAGGCAGCAUAACGGAGGAGGCGGAUCUGGAACUCCUGGAGGAGGACAAGAUAUCGCCGGUCUACGAGGAACCGACCGAUUUCGCCACCACCAUCGCCAGGAUACGGAGCCUGUUGCAACAGAAAUCGACGGCCACUACGCCGCUGCACGCGGAGGAGAAAUCCUACGUGAUAUACGAAGGCAGCCAGUUCACGAAUCUGUCGAUCCCGUGGACCGAAUUCCACACCGCGGCGGACGGUUCGCAACAACUGUUUUACUGCAUACAAUUCGACGAUGUGGAGCAGCGUGGGGUUGACUUAUUCGAGACCACCACCGCCACCGUCAGGAGGCAAUACUCCGAUUUCGCUCAACUGCAUCUCAGCUUGGAGGAAAUCCCGUGGUUGACCGGCGUGAUGUCGGAACUGGUGUUGCCCGAGGGCGGGCGAGUCGAGCUCGAGACCUACUUGAAGACGCUGUGCACGCGAUUAGCGAACGAGUGUCCGCCUCAGCUGCGCCACUUUCUCCGUCCGAGCAGCAGCGCCGGCAAGAAAGCGGACGCGGUAGCGCCGCGUUUCGACCGAUUCCUCGCCAAGACCGUGACCGGCGUCUUCAAUACGUUGAAAACAGUCGUGCCGGGUUUCGAGCUGGAUCCGGAGGAGGAAACACUUCCCUUGCCCACUCUGAUGCCCCUGUCCGACAUACCUUGGAGAUUCGUUGAAGAUAUCAAGUCGAAAAGUUUGGCGUACGAACUCCAGCAACUGAUCGCAGAAAGGACGGAAUACUGCACGGUGGAUACCGCCUACGAGGCGGUUGACUCGAUGGAAGCCAGCGGCGACUCGGAAUCACUGGACAGAUGGCGAGAAACCGUCAACACUUCGUACGACGACGAAGUGGACGAGCUGGACUCUAAUCUAAUGCUAACGUGCACGACGAUAGAUCUCAUUUGUGAGCUUCUCGCGGGGAUCGCUAGCAACAAUACGUUGCAACAAGAAGCGGUCGUUAGAUGGGCCAAGUUACUGAUCGGUAAUAUCUCGGAGCCAAUUCUGCAGAAAACUAUUCUGUGGUUGUUCGACUCCCUGAACAAUUCUUCAUUGGUUUACACCACUCCGCACAAUGUUGCACAAAAUGAACCCGAUGCACAGUCGAGGGACAAGUUGCUGGGCAUACUGAACAGGAAGCUCUCGUACAACGUUAAACUGAUAUUCGGUGAGGACGAGGUGCGCAAAGCCAUGAACUAUCUAUUGAGCACGUACGAAAUCAAAAGGAUCAACACGGAUGUGAACAUGCAAAUGUUAGACGCACUGGUAUCCGAACUGCUGGUCUCCUGUAAAACCAGCCUCAAUAUCGCAAAUUAGUUGAUUAUAUUUUUCGAUUCGGUCCUUCAGAGAAUCCAGUUAUUCGCAAGACUCGCACAUUGUUUUAAUUCUCUCUCAAUAGCGUUGCGGGGGUCAUUAAGAUACUUAUGUAAAGGGAACUGAUGUGCCAUAUAUAUAUACAUAUAUAUAUAGAACAUGUGUUUACAUUUUGAAAACUGAGACUUUUUAAAAAUGAAGACUGUGUACCUGAUUAUACAUUUACGAUAAGAUACACCAAGUAUUUUUUCCCAAUAGAGACUAAUGACUCCUAUCAAGUGAAUAGCCCGAAAUGAGUCACUCGUGGAAAAAAAAAACACUAUAUGCAUUUCUGGACUUACUAAACAUACAGCAUUUAACGACUAAGUUUUGUACAAAGAAAAAAAAUAUAUAUGUUCCUGUGAAACAUAGGGUGCAUGUCAUACAAGAUGUACGAACUGCGGUUCUUAUUAUCACAUUCCAAAGAUUGUAAGGGAUAAUGUAUGUC